AGGAAAAGUGUGACUGAUAACAAAUGGGAAAAUUUUGAAAUUUUGAAGAGAAUUUUAUUAAAAUUUACACCUUUUUAUGUUCAAGAGAUUAGAUUUUGAAGUACUUAAAAUUAAUUAUACUAUUGUGAUAAGCAAUGAAUCCCAUUAGAGUUAUUUCUGAUUCGUAGAAUUGCUUAGAAAUGAAAAGGAAGAUGGAUUUCAAUCAAGAAGAAGAUGACUUCAAUCGAAGUUUAAGUACUGCUCUCAACUACAUCGAAAAACGUAAUAAAGAAGACCACGUAGUUCUAGUUGAUGGCGGUGAAAAAUUAGCCGAAAAAGUUGAACCCGGUUAUCUGGUGAAGUUAGCCGAAGAAAUUGAAAAGGCGAACGAUUUUGUUUUCCAUAAUGCUUGCGGAAAAUUGAAAGUUAUUGAGGAACAAAUGAAUUUCUUGAAGAGACAAGCUUGUAAAGUUCUGGCAGAAACAAAAAUUAAUGCCAAGCUCCACUCAUUGCCGUGUAAUUUUUCUAAAAAGACCGGUCAAAUUUAUACUGUUUACGAGAAACCAUCAGGAGAAUGUUACCUUUCGAUGUUAUCACCUCGGGAAUGGGGUGCGAAUUGUCCGCAUAAUUUCAUCGGAUCUUACAAAUUGAAUGCUGGAAUGUCUUGGAAUCCCGUUGAUGAAUAUUCUGCUAACGGAGCUUUACAGAAAUGGAUUUCUCCAGAUGAGAGUAAUGCAAUGAUGAUAGAAUGAUUCAGAAUAUUCUUCUCGUAUAUUGAUUGUGUUUUAUAAUCUGAAUGCGUAAUCUGUAUAUCGAUGCAUAAUGUUUUCUUUGUUUUGAAGUAAUUUUUGUAUGUUGUAAAAUAAUGUAAUAUAUUUUUUGUGAAUUCCUGUGAAA